CAGGUUAUUUGCUGCAACCUUUGCAUUGCACUGCCUUUGUUUUUCCUCGUGUAUUACAUGGUGGCUUCUUUGCUAAGUGGAGCCUUCAAGUAAGCUUAAGCUUAUAAAGUUUUAAGUGUCAGAUGAGAUGAUUUGGACGUUCCAUUCUUAAUCCGAUCCCCCCUAUGGAUGAGUGGACUACCUUUCGAGACUGAUUCCUACAAGUCAGGCGUGGAAAAAUAACCGAUUCCUACAAGUCGAGCAUGGGCAAAAAAAAAAACCGAUUCCUACAAUUGACCGAUCACUACACUAAAGGUCUCGUAAGGACAAAUGACCGAUUCCUACUGGUCAAAGAAACGGAUAUGCAAACUGUUAAUCUCUAUAGUAUAUUCCUACAGGCAAGGUGAUAAGAUAGAGUGAAGAUUCCUAUCGGUUUGGGAAAGAAACAUCUGCACUGAAAUACCUCAUGCUUUGGGGGGAGGUGAGAGGGGGAGGGUUAGAUUAAAAAUGGAACGUGCCCUCCGUCGAUAUUUAUCAAGAUAGGUUAAGUAUUUUUUUCUUCUUUAAUGUUAAUCAUCAUCUCAGAGAACUUAUUAGCCUGCAUCACAGACGAAACUAAACUCGAGUUAAGUCUGUCUUUAAAACAGUGCUGAGGAUUUGAGUACGUGCCAUGAUUCGCCUGCCAGUCAAGAUGAAAGGAAAUUUGAAAUGUGCUUCCAGUAAUUUUUUGAGUCUGUGGGGCACUCAGAACAAGGAUAUCGGUGCUGCUUUGCAGACGACACUAACUGAGGUAAAAUUACGUCUACAACACAGGCCAGAAGUUAUUAGACAGUUUGGACUUUUUGUCAAAAUUCUUUGUCAAUUCCACUGGGAAUCCUUUACCCCUCUUUGUCCCCCUACUGGUAGAUGACCCCCUCUUAGGUUACCCCCUCUAAAAUUACUGGAAAUGAACUAAUGACUUGAACUUUAAACAAAGAAUAUUAUUUUUAAUAGACUCACCUUUGAAUUUACAACUAGAUGUGGUAUAAUAUGCUUUUCUUUUUGUCAUUAUUGUUUUCUAAACAGAAUAAAUGACUUUGAUGGCAAGACUCCUUUUGAUUUCAAAAAUUGUUGCAGUGUAACACAUAAUAAGCAUUUAAGUAAGUUAAGUGGUUACAUUUGUUGAUAUCCGACUGCUAUAAGGGUGUAGAAUAGUAAAUUUGAGACUUUUCGAGACUGCGAGACCCCCAUUUCAAAAUUCGAGACCAAGACUAUAGUGUUUUUAUCAAAUCCGAGGCCAAAACUCUGAGCGACGAAAAUUUCAUGGUAAUGGUGCAAAUAAAACCAAAUGGAAAAACUGAAAACGUUAAUGGCAGCUAGCAAAAUCCCUUAAUCUACUACGUUCGACCCUUGAAGACCAAGCGGAAAAAAAGUCAAGACUUUAAAACCCCUUGGUAAAACAAUUUGACACUCUGAGAUGCAAAAAUCAUCCGAAAACGAGACUUCAAGACCCAUCAAAAACAUUUCCGAGAUUUCAAGAUCGGGCCAAAAUUUUCAAAGGCACACGUUUAGGGAGUUACCAUUCUAUACUUCUUGUUACAAGAUGAUAAUAUACUGUUUAGCUGUUGAUAAUAUGAUUUCUUCACUUUAACCUUUUUUUCUGUUUCUUUCUUUCUAGUAACACUUUUAUCCUUAUCGUUGACAUACAUCAUCACCACUGUGGUCUACAUAAUAUUUUUAAGAAAAAAUCUAUGGGAUUAUGCUAUAACAGUAGGCCUUUUUCAUCUUGCUGUGUUUGUGCUGGUA